UCACGUGGGCGCGCGACGACGCCGUGACGUCGCCUCGAGGGGGCGGAAGCGGAAGCGCGGCGGCGGCAGCCGGGAAGCGGAGGGACCGGCGGCGGUUUCCUCAGACUCGCCCCUAACCCCUUCAGCGCGGACGCGAGGGCAGUCCCCCCCUUCGCCACCAUCACGGAGGCCUGCCGCGGCUCAGGUCCCGGGAGCGGCAGCGGUGAGGACGGCAGAGCCCAGAGACCAACCUUCCUCUGACGUUAUGUCCUGUCUGCGGGCCUUGUGUUAAACUGCUGCCUCCUUCUAAGUGCCCAGCAGCACUGGCAGUGCCUAUCUGAAGAUCCCAAGUGUUUCAGUCUUCGUUCGUUGUUGCAUUGUAUUUAUUUGGCCAGACACCCUAGGGGAGAUCUAUGUAUACCCCAAGUGGCUCGAUGUUGCCCAGUGGCCGAAGGCGAAGAGGGCAAGACGGGAGUGCCUUGCCCAAGCAACCUGAAAGGAGCUUGGCAUCUGCCUUGCCUGGGGCCCUCUCCAUAACUGCCCUCUGUACUGCUUUGGCAGAGCCCGCCUGGCUCCGGAUUCACGGGGGCACUUGUUCUCGCCAGGAGCUGGGGGUUGCUGAUGUGCUGGGAUACAUUGACCCGGAUCUACUUAAAGACUACUGCAUGAACCCCCAGACGGUGCUGUUACUCCGGGUUAUUGCUGCUUUCUGCUUCUUGGGAAUCAUCUGCAGCCUUUCAGCGUUCCUUCUCGACGUCUUUGGGCCCAAGCAUGCUGCGCUGAAGAUUACGCGCCGUUACGCAUUUGCUCACAUCCUCACAGUACUGCAGUGUGCCACGGUGAUCGGCUUCUGCUACUGGGCAUCGGAGCUGAUCCUCGCCCAGCAACAGCAGCACAAGAAGUACCACGGCUCGCAGGUCUACGUUACGUUUGCUGUCAGUUUUUACCUGGUGGCCGGAGCCGGCGGUGCCUCCAUCCUGGCCACAGCUGCCAACCUGCUGCGCCAUUACCCCACCGAAGAAGAGGAGCAGGCUUUGGAGCUCCUGUCUGAGAUGGAAGAGAACGAACCUUACCCUGCAGAGUAUGAAGGGAUCAACCAGUUCCAGCCACCACCGGCUUACACGCCAUAACGCUUCCCCGGACGCUGGCUGGGGCAAGGGAAGGGGGUGGAGCUUUUUCCAGCUCAUCCCCAAAGUCAACCUGCACACAAUUGCUUGGGAACGCCUUUCCCUUCUCUCUUCCUGGGACCUCCUCUUGUAGGUGUUUCUCCCUUCCUUCCUCUCUGUGGAUCCGCCCCUUUUUACCGUUUCCUGUCUAGAGGAGAGGAUGGGCGCCCAAGCGGAAGACUUGCUCAUGCGGCGACCUCUGAAGCGGUUGUAUUCAGAAGCAAUGGGAUGACCGUUGAGGCAGGGUUUGAACCUCAGGCAUUUGGGCGGGGGCAGGAACUGCCCGAUGUUUUUGAGCUGCGGGGACUCCAGAGAGAGAGUUCUGAAGAGAGGAAAAGGAAGGAAGGAAGGAAGGAAGGAAGGAAGCGAAAAGGAAAGCAUGCAGACAGUUUGAUUGGAUGGGAAAGGGGUGGGUGAGUGGGUAGAUGGGUGGGUGGAGGAAAGGGUGCCACCAUUUUUGGCAUUGGGCUAAAACAUUUCGCACAGGUGGGCAGCGGAGAAUUCAGCCAUCCUGUCCCAUCACCCACAGAACUCCUCUCCUUUAGGGGAGGGGGGAAAGAAGAGUGGAAGGGGACACACUCCGACCUUCGCCCCUAGGGCCAACAGGCUUGGCCUUCAGCCCCCCUUCCCCCUCUCCCGCGAAAGACACAGGACUCCUUCUCUAUGCACUGGUUUGUGGAGAGGCGACGCCGUUUGCUCGACCCUCGUGCUUCCCGAAAAGCAGGGUUAACGUUUCCUCCCACUCCCGUUUCCUCCACUCCCACCUCCUGCCACUCCGCGGAAGCGUUUUGCACUUUUCUCUGCUCUUUUCUUCUUGUGGCUUCCUCUUUCCCUGAUGGGGUUGUGGGCGGGUGGAAGGGGCCACGAAACGUGGUACACGAGGUUAUCGCGACUACUGAGUUUCUUCCCUGGGGGAGAGGGGGCGUCUUGGGUCUCUAGCAAAGCACUCCCAGGGGGAGGCUCUCCUUCCAUACGGUGUUCCCGCUGCACAGUUGCCAGGCCUUCAGCCCCUCUUCGCAAAGCAGCAUAUCAGAACCAUGUUCUUCCCCCUACCACCACCACCAAUGCAAGCAACAAUAUGCAAAUACUGAUUCUAAGCUCGAUUCCCACUGUUAUCUUUUCGAUUUGUCUCCCCUUUCCCCCCCCCCCGACCGAUUCCCACCUUUUUAAUCUCAAAACCUUCUCCAUAUAGCCGUGAUUGCAAACCUAUGGCUCCUGCACCAAAGGUGGCAUGCACGCCAAUCUCCAGCUGCUGUUCUGGUUUCCAGUGCGCACAUGCGUGCCGGAGCACCGUAAACCCAAAGACCAGCUGCAGAUGCGCGUGCCAUAAAGUAAAAGAUCAGGCAGCUGACAUGAGCAUGCGUGUGCCAGCCACCUGGUCUUUGGGUUUAUGGUGCUCCAGCACGCGUGAAGACCAGCUGGCCGUGGCGCAUGCGCACACCGUAAACAUGGAGACUAACUGGCUGGCGUGCACAUGUGUUUCUGGCACUUAGGCAUGCACGUGCAUGCCGGUUUGGGUACUCAGUGCCGAAAAGGUUUGCCAUUGCUGCCAUAUAGCCUCUGGCCCGCGAUCCUUCUGACCUCCCCCCCACCCCCAUUUCACAGGCAGACAUCCUCCUGCUAGCUGCAGGUAGCAACUGAAAGAGCAUUUCAGUGUUCACUUUCUGUACAAAGAGAAUGAUGGUUAAACCUUUUCCUUUUACUUUUUUUUCUCUGUCUGGAGGUAAACCAGCUUCAAAUUAAGCCAGCAAUGGGUUGUUUUUUGUUUUUGUUUUUUUGUAUUCACUAAAAUGUGCUUUUACUGACUGGGAGGGAGAGAGCUGACACAAGUGAGCGGCCUUGUUGAGGAAUGUGUGUGUGUGUUUUAAAAGAAGAUCAACACUGCAAAAGCAAGUAAAACCGGUGCGACUUGAUGGAAAUUUGUUCCUGUUCAGCGAGAUGAAAAGAUAAUGCAGCGAAAGCCGCCCGCUUAGCGGUCAGAGGCUGCUUGCCAUGACCCGGAUGCCGAAGCCAUCUUCCGCAGUUGUUUGGAUUGUUCAAAAGUGAGAGAGGACUUUUCAUUCUUUCCUUAGAUGUGCCAGUUUGUGCAGAGCACAUGGGAGCCUCUAGAGCGGUGUCGGAGCUUUUCAGACCGAGGGCCAUAACAGGAGUGCUCAUGUGCAGGCGCAGGCAAGUAACCGGAAGAGAAACCGGAAGAGCAGUUUCCCAGCGUGCAACGCACGGGAGCACGGGAAACCAGAAGAGCAGUUCCCUGGCACGCCUGCGGGGGCUGAGAAGCUGAGCUUCCGGUUUGCAGUGUGCGCAGGAGCAGGGUUCACUUGGUCUUCUGGUUUCUGGUGUGCAUGCAUGUGCAAAGACCAGCUGGCAUGUGCGCGGCGAAACCUGAAAAGCAACUGGCAACGGCUGGCAUACCUGGAGAGAUGGCUCUGUGUGCCACUUCCAUCAUGCAUGCCGUAUGUCCGCCAUCACGGCUCUAUAACCUGAGCAUGUUAACAUGCCAUCAGGGCUGGAAGUGGCAGGAUGGGGACCCUUUCCCUGUCCUCCUACAUGCACGGGAGAAAAAUUGGAACAGAAAUUUUCAUUAGACUCUAAAGACUUC